AUGGCCUCCAAAAAUGGGAUCGACCGUCGAGAUGAAGACGAGGUGUGCCCCGUCUGCAAAUCCUCGCGCUACCUUAACCCGAACAUGCGGUUCCUCAUCAACCCAGAAUGUUAUCACAAGAUGUGCGAAUCCUGCGUUGACCGCAUAUUCUCAUCCGGUCCAUCCAGCUGCCCAGUAGCCGGAUGUCGAAAGACACUACGCAAAAACCGGUUCCGAGCCCAAACCUUCGAGGAUAUCGGGGUAGAGAGAGAGGUCGAUAUUCGGCGGCGAGUGAUGCACAUUCUAAACCGCCGCGAAGAAGAGUUCGACUCCAAACGCGCUUACGACGAUUUCCUCGAACAGCGCGAAGAUAUGAUCGCUAACCUCGUCUCCCGCAUCGACGUCGCCAAAACAGAAGCCCAACUUCAGAAAUACGCAUCCGUAAACAUGCAGUCCAUCCGCGCAAACCAAGCCCUCGAAGAACAAGAAGCAUCCUCCUUUGCAGCCCGCAUGACCCUGGAACAAGAAGAAGCGCGCCUCCGCCGCCAAGCCGCGCGCGAACAGCUCGAGAACGAGCGUCGCGAGAUGCACGCCGGACGCGAGGACAUGAUCUCCCGCCUUGCAGCAGGAUCAAGUGCCGAUGCCGCAGCGAUCGCACGCGAAGGACAUAAGGUGCUGUUGAAGAAAUCGUCUGCGCGGCGUAGCGAGGAGGAUCGCAUUCGACAGAAACAGGCUGCGCUGCGCGGCAGUGAGUUGAAGCGGGGUGGAUCAUCGAUGACAACUGCUGAAACGGCUGGGCCGUCUGAUGGUGGACUGAUUAAGGGUCUGCGGAGGAUCAAAACGCCUGAGCCGGAGAAGCCGUAUGAUCCGUUUAUGGGAUAUGUACCCGAGAAGCGGGAUUACUAUUCCUUGCAGCCAUCUUAUCCGUCUACCUACCUGGAUCGUGUGAAGAAUGAUACUCGGGUGGCGGCGGGAGGAUAUGAUCUGCAGGAGUAUUAUUCGCGGACACUGGUGGAGGCGUUUGCGGGAUUGGGAUGUUUCAUUGAGGAGGAGGUUGCGCAGCGAGACAGUGCUACCUCGGGGUUAGGACUGAAGCCUGUUGCAACGACAGGUGCUGCGAUGGCGGCGGGUGAGAAACCUUGA